AUCAUCGUCUGAGUUAGAGAUGAAGCUUCUUAUCGUAUUUUUCGCUGUAAUUUCUGUGGCUGCGGGGCAGAGCAUCAUCUGGAACAAUAACAAUGCUAACAGAUUCCCAAGUUGCUUUGCCUGCUCCACUGCCGCCGGCUUCGUCGCCAACAUUGACGGCCAGUCUACAAAUGCUCGGUGCACUGACGCUGCUUCAAAUCCAGCCGAACGAUGCCCAGGAUGUUGUGCAUCCGUUGCUCUUGCCGCCGGGCUCUCCGCAGAUCGCGCCUCCGGAUUCCCGUCGACAAACGGAAGAAGCUGUGUUUGCUGCGUCAGAUCGUGCUAAUUGAGCCUUAAAAUCCUUGAAUUAAUCCAAUAAACUCUACCUAUUCCU